GUGGUGUAAAAUUGGACUUUAUUUUCACAUAUAUAAAUAUUUUUAAACGUCGAACGAACAGAGCAUUGAGGCCAUGGAAAGACAGCUCUGAGCUCACAAGACAGACCAUCUUCGUCUCCCUCUCCUCCUCUUGUGUUCGUUGCCAUCACCCAAGCCAUCUCUUAACAGAAAGCUAUAAAAGCGUCCAGAAUGGGCAAAUUAGAAAAAGUGUCUACGUAUAUAUGGAGAAAAUACGCAGACUACGUAUAUACCAAGUGGGAAAGAUUUCUCCUCUGGAAUAUGGUCGAGCCAUAUACAAGGCCCAAGUCGUUCACACCUGUGGUUACUAUCUAUGUUGCUGCUUUUUACACUGGGGUUGUUGGGGCUGCCAUUACUGAGCAGCUCUACAAGGAGAAAUAUUGGGAAGAUCAUCCUGGAGAGGUUGUGCCUAUAAUGAAGCCAAAGUUCUAUUCUGGACCUUGGAAGGUAGCUAUGGGGGAGGUCCCUGCCCAUCUGAAAAGAAAGCCUGAGCAAAGUGAGCAUUGAAUAAUAUGCUAUCAUUUGUGAAAAAUAUACAAGAAAAAAAAUUCAAAUCCUAUCAAUAAAAAUUCCUUACUUUUCCUGACUCACCAUAUGUUUUGCUUUUAUUACCAGCAUAUUAACUAUUUUGAUCAUAUUAUUAGUUUUGUAAAGUUUUAUAUUACAAGGCUUAUGAGUGGUUUUUUGUUUUUGUGUU